AUGAGGUCAUUUACCCUUGUAAUAAUUUCAAGCUUAUUGCUCAAACAAAUGAGCAUUAUUCUUGCAGAUGUUGGUACUGCUUCUUCUUAUGGUCCUCCAUAUAUACCUACAGCUUGUGAUGGGAAUAGGAGACAACAGUUUCCACCAGGAAAUAUAUUUGUGGCAGUGAAUGAAGGGUUGUGGGAUAAUGGGGCAGCAUGUGGAAGGAGAUACAGAAUAAGGUGUAUAAGUGGAAUCAAUAAGCCAUGCAAAGUUGGUAGUAGUAUUGAUGUUAAAGUUGUUGAUAAAAUUACUUGUACAAGAUCUUCAUGCCACCAAACUUUCCACAUGUCAACUGAAGCAUUUGCUGCUAUCUCACGCUUCCCUAAUGCAAAUAUCAAUGUUGAAUACAUUCAGUAA